UUCUCCCCCAAAUUAUUUGCUCCGCCACUGGCAAACAUAUCAGCCUAAAAUUAACCCACAUCCAACUCUACUUUCCGAAUUUCCAGAAUCGCCAUUGAUAGUCGAAUGCAAGUUUUAAUCGGUGACUGUUCAGUACAGUCUUGAAAGCCAGUGCAAGGGGGAUGGAUGUUGAUGGAAUCAGUUACGACUCAUUAGAAAAGAUGCCUUCUCUUCAAGAUGAUUACAAUACUCUUUUCGUCAACUAUGCAGUAGCCUGGCAUGAAAUGAGAAGAGCUUGGAGAGGCAAUCGAUCUGUUGCAUCUCAAAGAAAGCCCACCGAGCCAAUUACGAGAUAUAGUACCUCUUGCAAGGAUUUACUUUCAUCGAAAGAGCCUUUUGAAGAACCGGUUCCUUUAGCUAUGAUGGUUGAGUUUUUGGCUGAAGUGUGGGAAGAAAUUUUGUAAAGACUAGACAACAAACCCUGAUGUCGAGCUGCGAUGCAAAACGGGGAUUGUAAUUUUUGUGUUGUGUUUGUAAUUUUUUUUACGUGUAUUAUUACAGUAUCGAAGCCAGUGUCGAUUCGCUAAUCAUAUCUUAAAAAUCUCAUCUCAAAAUUGUAUAUGUAUGAACUUUGUUAUCAUUCUGAGGCUAAUUUCAGAGUGGUGUUGCAUUAAGUUUUCCAAGUCCUAAGAUUUUAAUUGUUGACUUUGUCAUAUAGGUCAAAGGUCAACUCACCAUAAUGUGGUGAGCUACUUUAAUUUGUUCUCUUGUUUCUCCCAAGAAUUUUCUUGUUUGGCUUUUCCUGUGGGAGAAGUCAAUAAACUA